UGCGCGUACGGCUGGCUCGUAAUGCCAUCAUCCUGCUCCUCAUCCUCUGUGGCCGGACAGUUACGCGCUGAGGUCCGCGGCACCCCGAGCUGCCUCCACACCGGUCACAGCGGCGACUCCUAACGGGGAGACAGCGACCUUCAGCCGGACACCGAGCCGAGGAGACCCCGCGGUGCUGCUUUGAAUCCCCCCCCCGUCCCCUGCCCUCAGGAGGGUCACCUGUCCGUACCUGCACCACCUUCUGCUCCGUCUCCCUGAGCAAACAUGCCUCCCGCAGUGGGUGGGCCCGUGGGGUACACCCCCCCAGAAGGAGGCUGGGGCUGGGCCGUGGUGGCGGGAGCCUUCAUCUGCAUCGGCUUCUCCUACGCCUUCCCCAAGUCCAUCACCGUGUUCUUCAAGGAGAUUGAAGUCAUCUUUGACGCGUCGCCCAGUCAGGUGUCCUGGAUUUCCUCCAUCAUGCUGGCCGUCAUGUACGGCGGAGGUCCGAUCAGCAGCAUCCUGGUGAAUAAGUUCGGCAGCCGGCCCGUCAUCAUGCUGGGCGGCUGUCUGGCGGGUUCAGGCCUGGUUGCUGCUUCCUUCUGUAACACCGUGGAGCAGCUCUACUUCUUCAUCGGCGUAGUUGGAGGUCUGGGUCUGGCCUUCAACCUGAACCCCGCCCUCACCAUGAUCGGUAAAUACUUCUACAUCCGGCGGCCCAUCGCCAACGGCAUCGCCAUGGCGGGCAGCCCCGUCUUCCUGUCCACCAUGGCGCCCAUCAACACGUGGCUCUACGACGAGUUCGGCUGGCGGGGCAGCUUCCUGAUCCUGGGCGGCCUGCUGCUCAACUGCUGCGUGGCCGGCUCCCUGAUGCGCCCCAUCGGACCCAAACCCCAGCCGCCGGCGCCGAGCGCCGACCCGACGGCGCCGCCGCCGCCCAAGAAGACGGCGCUGCAGACGGUCAACAGCUUCAUCGACCUGACGCUCUUCAAGCACCGCGGCUUCCUGCUCUACCUGAUGGGCAACGUGGUGAUGUUCUUCGGCCUCUUCUCGCCGCUCGUCUUCCUCUCCAACUACGCCAAGAGCAAGGACAUCAGCAAGGAGAAGGCGGCGCUGCUGCUGUCCAUCAUGGCCUUCGUGGACAUGUUCGCCCGGCCCUCCAUGGGGCUGCUGGCCAACACCAAGUGGGUGCGGCCCCGGGUGCAGUACUACUUCGCCGCCUCCGUCCUCUACAACGGCGUGUGCCACGUGUUCGCGCCGCUCACGCACGACUUCACCGGCUUCGUGGUGUACGCCAUGUUCUUCGGCUUCGCCUUCGGCUGGCUGAGCGCCGUGCUGUUCGAGACGCUGAUGGACCUGGUGGGGGCCCAGAGGUUCUCCUCCGCCGUGGGUCUGGUCACCAUCGUGGAGUGCAUACCUGUGCUGCUGGGGCCGCCGCUCACCAGUACCUUCUACAACUACUACCACCACUACGACUACACCUACCUGACCUGCGGCAUCAUCCUCAUCAUCUCCAGCGUCUUCCUCUUCGUGGGGAUGGGCAUCAACUACCGCCUGCUGGACAAGGAGAAGAAGGAGGAGGAGAGGCUGGAGCGGGAGGAGCCUAAGGAGGAGCGCGCCGCCAUGUUGGAAGCCUCCCCGCAGUCCAAGUCUGACGACGGCGCCGCCGACAAGGACGCCGUCACGAUGGCCGACGUCGCCAAGAUGGACGAGGACUCUGUGUAGAGCGGCGGGACUGGAGGGGAGGCAGCCGCAGCCACGCCCCCCCCCCCCCCCCCCCCCCCCCCCACCCUGAGGCCAUAGUUUCUCUCUUUAGUGUCAGGGCGGCGCCUCGGCACGCUUUGGGCGCCGCCUCCUCCGUGCCUUAGGAAAGCUCGGCAUUCUGGGAGCACAGGUACUUUUUUCACGUAGAAUCGGAGACGGUUAACAAACCAGGACUUUUUUUUGUUUUUUUUUUUUUUUUUCACUCUCAGGGUGCGAAGCUGCUGCAAACCUCCAGAACUUCACACACUUCUCCUUAUUGCCUCCCUCCCUGCUGCCAGAGAACAGACUGAGCCCGUUUUGUUCGGCUACUAACGGUCCCCCCCCCCACGCCGCCGUUAAGGCCGCUACGCUUGGUGUUUAUUGUAGGGACGUAUAUUUGUUAGCUGUGAACACGCGUUAUUAAAAGAAAAGACAGGUAGGAGGGGACGUUUAGAUUACUAACACACGGGGGGAAAGGUGUAUUUUAUUAGCUAGGCGACGUGUUUUUAACCUCGUUAACGAUGACUGUACGACGCGGAGCGCCGCAGAGGGCAGAUCUGUGCGGCCGUCAGACGUCUUCCACAGCGGGCGGCGUGGAGACGAGCCGGACGGCCGCCUGCAGGACCAGACUCCUGAGUUUUAACGCACCGGUUCACAGCUGUGAUGGACUCAUUUUAGCGUCAUUACAGCGACUACAGCACAGGAUUCCCUAUAAAAUCUGAUCUUUAGCCAUUUUUCUAACGACAGUCCUGACUAAGGCUGUAGGUUUCAGCAAAUUUUAACGGAUCUUUUUGUUUUUUAACUAGCCAGGUUUCAUCAUUUCAGCCUCGUCUGGAAACUGAACAAAGAGUCAUAUCGCAUCAAUUUAAAGAAGAGAAACUCUCAGGUUGUUGUUUGGGGGACAGUUUGGACCCAGAAUGAAGGGAUCGGAACAUCAGGGGUGUAUCUUAUUUUUUAUAUAAAUGGUUUUGGGUUCUUAAUGGUGGAACACUACUCCUUCAGCCCAUAGCUCGUCCUCAGAUUAAUCACGACCAAAUGUAGGAUGUUUGAGGCUCUCUUGGUUCUGCUGAAUUGUCCUGAUCUGGUCCGGUUCUGCUGGGCGACGGCUCGUCUGCAGAGAGCGCCGCCGUCUUAAGGGUUGCACACAUUCCUCCGCUCUCAGCCCCACGUGUUCCUUCAAUCACCCCACAGAGAAAUUAUUUUUGAUAGAAAACCAGACGCUGAAACCACACAAAGUUUGACUGACUUUUAUUUUUAAGCGGUACUGUAUUCGGCCACAGAAACAGGUUUUUUUUUUUUUUUUUCUUUCUUGUUUAAACGGUGAACAAAUGACUUGUUACGUUGUUCCGUUGCAGUGGGAGUUUUAUCGUUUUGUGUGUUUCUGGCUGUUUUUAUGAAUAAAUGGCUUUUAUGACUUAAACA